ACCCUAGUGAUCUUCUGUCUCCUUCCUCGAGUUGCAGUAGAGGACAGUCUUUCCGCGUUAAGUUACGAAUCCGACACAGAAACUACACUGAGAAAGAAAACUGUUCGCAAGUCUCCAAAAUCAUUGAAGUCACCGUACACCUCUGGUACAAGUGUCCAUUCUAAAAAGCCUGGAUUGUCGAGACCCUUUAAGGGCACAGAGCGGAGACAUUUUGAAAUCCCCUUGGUCAAGACAUCAAGGCAGCUGUGGUGUGGCUCUCCCAAGCAAGACACAAGGCACUUGGGGCCAGCAAAGCCGAACUUUGACCUGAGUCCUACCUUCUCUGUGACUCUCCCCGGCGACACUCCAGAAUAUCUGAAGGAAGCGUUGGGCAUGAAGAAACCCAAACACGCUCGCUCCUCCAGAAGUGGCUACAUCCCUGGAACUCCAAACUACAAGGAAAAGGAGGAUAUGUAUGAUGAGAUCAUUGAGCUAAAGAAGACCAUACAGGCUCAAAAAUGUGAAGCAGAUCGGAUGAAAACGAAGAUCCGUCGACUGGAGGAGGAAAACAGUCGAAAGGACAAGCAGAUAGAACAGUUGCUGGAUUCCUCCAGGGGUUCUGAGUUUGGCUUGGUAUGGACAGAGCAGAAAAAUGACACCAGCUUGGUGAUCAGCGGGCUGAAGCAGAAGGUUCUCCGACUGGAGCAGCAGUGCAAGCAGAAAGACCACACAAUUAACAAACUCCAGGCAGAUGAGAAGAACACUAGUGUGGAAGAAAUGAGAGUUACUCUGCAGACCUACUAUGAAGAGAUCCAGCGACUCCAAAGCCUGCUGGCGAAAUCAGAGGCUGUGCAACGAAAUGCUCCUUCAAAGUCGCAGCAGAAGGCAUUCAACGCUGCUGUGCUGCAGUUAUCCAGGAGUGUCAAAGCAUUACACGAGGAGAACUGGAAACUGAAAGCAGAUCUGGACCACAUGCUGAGUAGCUCCCCUGCCCCCAGUAAAGCAAAAAAUUACGCUGAAUGGAGCAGGCCAAGGCUGGUCCAGCUGAUUUUGAAACUGGAGAAAAAAAUAGAUGCGAUGCAGAAUGAGAGGCCGCAGCUUUCAAAAACCAGCACAUCCCCAUUGCUUGCUGCAUCGACUUCUGCACAGCCAGAUCCGUCAGUGGCUAAGGAGUCAGAUGUCCCGGAAGAAUGUGAACAUCUCCUCAGAGUAGUGAAGAAGCUCAAAAGCCAGAGGGCUGCCCUUCAGGAUCAGCUGGCUCUUAAAGAGGAAACAAUCCAGAAGCUGACAGAGAGGAGGAGAGAAUUGGAGCAAAACCAAGGUGUAGAUUGUAGAUCUGUAAGGACUCAUGCCAUAGAACCUCCAGACCAGUCUUCCUUUAAGGGCCAGCAGGGAGUCCCAUGCCCUUGCCGACUGUCCAGUCCAACUCUCGUGCGACCCCCAAGAGGUUCAGAUUCCGUGUCUCCACCGCCUUCCUCUCCUGGGCGUCCCGAAAAGGAGCGAGCUGCUCACGUCAUCCAGAGAUGGUGGAAGGCCCGUAAAACCAAGGAUCCUGAUUUAUCUUGUGGGCCCCACCUUUCACAAAGAGCUGCUGAGAGCCGAGCGGAAGAGGAGGCUGUAAGGCUGAUCCAGUCUGUUUUCCGGGCUCACCUAACGCGUACCCACAUGGAGGAAAGGUCUCUGACCUCUAGACCCGGGAACGAGAGAACAAGCCCAGCUACGUCCAGGGGAGAGGAAAAGGGAGUCUGGUCCACCUUCAAAUAUUCCCCUUUGGUCUUCACUUCAGGACCCACCGCGUCCGCCCAGGCUGAGCUGCAGCCCUUGUCUCUGCCGCCGCCCACAGAGGAGAUUCUCUCGGAUGACUCGGAUGAGAUCAUCACAAUUUCUCCAUCGCCAGCGAAGAAAACGUUGUCUCUUGAGUUCAGCGACUCUGCAUUACGUUCUCUUGUGCACUUCUAGCCGGAGAAGGAAAGGUGUUUUGCACUUCCUCAGCAGGGUGAGCCUGUCCAAUCUGUGAUGAGGUAGAGAUGAGUUCUCCGGAAAGGUGAGAGCUGAACAUGAUGACAGCUGCAUUUCCUAAGUGUUUCUGAAGAGAACUAGAGGGCCAAUCCACUGUAGAUCUAUUUCUUCACCUUUUGCAUGCAACGCCUGUAAAGUUCACAGCAGGUUGUGGAAUUCUUGUCACAGGGUUUGAGCCUAAGAAGUGCCGGCAUGAAUCAGAACCAAGGCUUCCUCUUCCAGUAUCUUGGGACCUCAGCAGCUAACUAUGUGCUGCUGGGAACCCCGUAAUCCAGACAUGAUACUGCAUGAAAUAUACAGCCAUUAUCACUGGUAGCCUUAAUAUCUUUGAAGUUUUCUAAUCGGUUGGAUAAGGCAGGGAAAGGCACCUUCUCUGUGGAAUCUCUUCUUUUUAAUUCUACAGUUCAAGUUUCGUGCUUAUGCCAUCAGCUAAAAGAAGGUUUCUACAGGAAGGGAGAGACAAUUGGCUUGAAUUGUUAGAAGAUAAAUGAAAUCAGGAGCUAACAUUUGGCUGAUUGAUUUUGCUGAAUAAUAUAAAAUCAACACAACAAGCCUCCUAACUUAUAUGUCUUCUGACUCUUAACAUCCAGCCAUCCGUCCCACACUGGCAAAUUUGUCUCCAAAUCUGUGGUGCAUUAACAUGGCCUAGGAAGACGGGGUGGGGGUGGGGGUGGGGCCUGGUCACGUUCAUUUUAACUGGGGUAAUAGUCACGUGAACUUCAGACAUUUUCUUUCCACUGUUGUCUUUGUGAGAUCACUG